GUGGCAUUUUAUCUUACACAAACUCUCUCAGUGUGAAGUGAAGCUUUAACAAUGGCGGCAGUGUUGGAAGCGCCGUUGGCAACUUCACUGUUUUCUUCAAAGCCUCACAACACUAAUUUCCCUCCCAAGUUUCACACUUUUCCCUCUAAAUCCACUCUUCUUACACUUCGCAAUACGCACCCUCAUUCUUGCGUGGCAAAUGCUUCUCCUCCUCAAGACCCGGACCCAGCUUCCGAUCCUCAACCCGACCCGAACCGUGACCGCCGGAGAAUUGUUCGGGUCGCCUGGGAGAAAAUACUCCGUUGGUCCCGCUCUUGGCGCUCCAAGGCCAACACUGACAUCCUCCAACGCACCAAUAAGGUGGUUGUGCUCGGAGGGGGGUCGUUUGGGACGGCAAUGGCUGCACAUGUAGCAAACAGAAAGGCUGAGUUAGAGGUGAAUAUGCUGGUUCGGGACCCUCAAGUUUGCUUGUCUAUCAAUGAGAACCAUUGUAAUUGUAAGUACUUUCCAGAUCAUAGGCUUCCAGAAAAUGUAGUUGCCACGACCGAUGCCAAAUCUGCUUUGCUUGGUGCUGAUUACUGCCUCCAUGCUGUACCUGUUCAGUUCAGUGCAUCUUUUCUCGAGAGUGUUGCAGAGUAUGUUGAUCCAGGCUUGCCAUUCAUUUCUCUGAGUAAAGGCCUAGAGCUGAAUACACUGAGGAUGAUGGCUCAAAUUAUUCCACAAGCACUACGAAAUCCUCGCCAACCUUUUGUUGCACUAUCAGGGCCUUCUUUUGCUCUGGAAUUGAUGGAUAAGCUACCAACAGCAAUGGUGGUGGCAUCAAAAGACAAAAAAUUGGCAAAUACAGUUCAGCAGCUACUAUCUUCAAGUCAUUUAAGAAUCAGCACAUCAAGUGAUGUUACAGGAGUUGAAAUAGCAGGUGCACUCAAGAAUGUGCUUGCAAUAGCUGCUGGGAUAGUAGAAGGUAUGAAUCUUGGUAAUAACUCAAUGGCUGCUCUUGUCUCGCAAGGUUGUUCGGAGAUACGGUGGCUUGCAACAAAGAUGGGUGCGAAACCUACCACAAUAACUGGUCUGUCAGGAACUGGAGACAUAAUGCUUACAUGUUUCGUGAAUCUUUCAAGAAACAGAACAGUUGGUGUGCGGCUUGGAUCAGGUGAGAAGCUUGAGAACAUACUCAGUUCCAUGAGUCAGGUAGCAGAAGGUGUCUCCACAGCCGGAGCUGUGAUUGCUUUGGCACAGAAAUAUAAUGUAAAGAUGCCAGUCUUGACUGCGGUUGCUCGUAUUAUUGAUAAUGAACUUACUCCUAAGAAAGCUGUUUUUGAGUUAAUGAGCCUCCCUCAGGUUGAAGAAGUAUGAAGCCUUUCAGCACAUCCCUUAUCUACUAGCUGCUUAUAAGAAAUUCAUGUACUCAAUUCUUUUCACCAUUGUGCUUCUAGUGCUGAAGGCUUGGUGAGCAAAAUUUUGAACAUUCGGGGUUGUUGCCCCAUACAUUCAUUAGAUUCUAGAUAAUGCAAAUCUCACCUCAAUAUAUACUUCUUUACAAUGACUA